GGGUUCGUUGUUCAAUUUCCUUCAUUUGGAAAAUUUGGAAGAAGACUGCCAGUCCUGGUGUUGAGGAAACUGAGAAAGCUGGGAGCUGACUGAAUCCUUCUGAGUCGUGGUUAUUUCAGCUGAAGAACUUGGGGUCCGUUGGUCGGUCAGUUUUAUGCUUUAUCUAUAAAAUCCAAUAAUGGUACUCCCUGCCUAGGAUUGCUUUAAUAAUGAGCAAAUGUGAACUUUAGAACAGUGUGUGGCAAGAGCAUAUAAGCAUUCUUGAUAUUGAACAUAAAUAUGAAAUCCAUAAUUGUUAACGUCACAAUUUUGUUUAUGUGAGUACAACUGUUGCCUUCUAUAAGUUUCUAAUAAGAAAUUUAAGAAUUCCUUUUUAAAAAUUCCUGACAUUAAACAUAGACAUUAUUAAACAUUAGGAGAUGAACAUGUGUAUAAGGUAUGCAUUUAUUCAUAUUUUUAAUUUUUGAAGAAUUCAGGCACCAUAUACAUGUCCUGAUCUACUGGCUAAAUCUAUUGUGAGUGUUUCUAAAUAUUUUUAGGAGAUUGCAGUAGAGGAAACAGAUGGGAAGUGAUAGGUGGAUUCUCGUAAGUAUGAAAAGAGUGUCCUCAUAUUUUAUUAAGUUUUGAGUAUUUAUUAAGUGUGCUAUGUGUCCAGUAUUGUAUUUUAUAUAUAUUUUAUUAUUUAUUUUAUGGCUUAUUUCCUUUUAUUGCCAAGUAGUGUUCUGUAGUGUGGAUGUACCACAAUGUACUUGACCCUCACCUUAUGAGGAAUUUCCAAUACUGGACAUUAUGAAUAAAUUUGCCGUAAAUAUUUAAAUACAGAUUUUUAAGUAAAUGUGUCUCCUUUUCCUGAGACAAGUACUUAAGAAUGUACUUGUUUUAUUCUGUGGUAAUUGUAUGUCAGCUUUAUGACAGAGCACCAGACUUAUUUCCAGAGUGCCUCUGCUGGUUGACAUUCUCACCCAGAAACGUGUGCACGGUACAGUUUCUCUCCAUGUGCUAGCACCACUGGUUUUUGUUUUUUUAAUGUGUGUGUGUGUGUUUUAAAUGGAUGUUCCAGUAUGUAUGCUGUGAUAUCCCAGUGUAAUUUUAAUUUGCUUUAUAAAAUGUUUGUUUUUAUUAUUUUUAAUUGUGUGUAGAUGUGUAGAUACAUUCAUGGGAAUGCAGGUACCCUCAGAGACCAGAGACAUUGUAUCUCUUGGAUCUGGAGUAACAGGUAAUGGGGAGCCACCUGAGGUGGGUGCUGGGAACCAAACUCAGGUCCAUCUCUUCAAUUCCUAAUCUGCAUUUCUUGACGGCUAAUGAUUUUUCAUUGUUAUUUUUGUUUUGUUUGUUGGUUUAUUUACUUUUGAGACAGUCUUGAUAUGUAGCCCUGGCCUGGAACUCAGUCUGAGAGCAAGCUAGGCUUGGAUGUUUGGUGGUGUUCUUGCCUUGACCUCCUGAGUUCUAGGUCACAGGCCUGCAUCACCAUGUGCUUCCUAACUCAGAAAGCAAUGAGGCCUCCAUAUCUGCCCGCCAUUUUACAGACCACAUAAGAGAGGCCAGUGCAGGGAAGGCCUGAGAGAGAACCAGAGAACACAGGAGACACAAUAGGGUAGUUUUAUGUUAGUUUGACACAAGCUAGAGUUAUUUAGGAAGAGAGAAUCCCAAUUGAGGAAGUGGCCAGACCGGCCUGUGGACCCAUUUUCUUGAUUAAUGGUUGAUGUGGGUGGAUCCAGCUCACUGUGGUCAGUAUCACCCAUGGGCUGGUCAUCCUAGAUUCUGUGAGAAAGCAGGCUGAGCAAGCCAUGAGGAGCAAGCCACUAAGAAGCAUCCUUUCUUGUCUUCUGCAUCAGCUCCUGCCUCCACGUUCCUGCUCAUUAUGGACUAUAAUGUGGAACUGCGGAAGAGAACAAGAUGUUGAAGGAGCAGCAGCUUGAACAGGAAGAGAGACUUGCAAACGAGCUGGCCAGACUGAAGCACGAAAGCCUGAAGGACGAGAAGAUGAGACAGCAAGUGAGAGAGAACAGUUUGGAACUCAGAGAAUUGGAGCAGAAAUUGAAAGCCGCUUACAUGAAUAAAGAGAGAGCUGCCCAGAUUGCCGAGAGGGACGCCAUCAAAUACGAGCAAAUGAAACGUGAUGCUGAGAUAGCCAGGACCAUGAUGGAGGAGCACGAGAGACUCCUGAAGGAGGAGAGCGCCAAGCAAGAGCUGCGGGACAAGGAGAAGGCCCAGUACAACCUGGACCUCGAGAAGCAGCUGGAAGACCAGGAGAGGAGGAAGCAGGAGGCGUAUGAGCAGCUCCUCAAAGAGAAACUCAUGAUUGACGAAAUUGUCAGGAAGAUCUACGAGGAAGACCAGGUGGAAAGACAGCAAAAGUUAGAAAAAAGGAAUGCAAUUCAGAAGUAUAAUGAAGAGUUCCAGAGGGAGCAAGCCCUCUGGAGACAAAGGAAGCGUGAGGAGAUGGAGGAAGAAAACAGGAAAAUCUUAGAGUUUGCCAACAUUCAGCAGCAGAGAGAGGGCGAGCGGCUGGCCAGAGUUCAGCAGAGUGAGGAGAAGAGGGCCCAGCGUCAGGCUUUGCUGAUCCAAAGGUUGGAGGAAAUGCUGCGGCAGCGUGAGGACCUGGAGCAGGUUCGGCAGGAGCUGUACCAGGAGGAACAAGCCGAGAUCCUGAAACUGAAAGUGAAAGAGGAAGCGGAGCAGAAGCUGCGGAAGCAGAGGGAGAUGAAGCAAAACUUUGAGGACCAAAUGGCACUGAAGGAAAUAAUACUCCAGGCUGCCAAAGAGGAGGAAGAGACCUUUAGAAAGGCCAUGCUGGCUAAGUUUGCUGAGGAUGACCGCAUAGAGCUCAUGAAUGCCCAGAAACAACGGAUGAAGCAGCUGGAGCACAGACGGGCGGUGGAGAAACUCAUUGCGGAACGGCGCAGCCAGUUCCUUGCAGACAAACAACGCGAGCUGGAGGAAUUACAGCUCCAGCAGAGACGGCAGGGCUGCAUCAAUCAGAUCAUUGAAGAAGAAAGGCUGAGACUCCUCAAAGAGCAUGCUACGAAACUGCUAGGCUACCUCCCCAAAGGAGUGUUUAAAAGAGAGGAUGAUGUCGACAUGCUUGGUGAAGAGUUUAGGAAAGCGUAUCAGAAGAGGAAUGAAGUUGGAGAGAAGUGAUGAUCAGCAGGAGCUGAUGGGACCUGGAUUUUUCAGAGGCUACCACUAGAUGUCAGUGUAACUGCUGUUUACAGUUGGUGACAGGUCCCGGUGUCUGUCUGCAUGUUCUAAAACCUCCUCCUGUUUCACCAUUUAUACACAGUUAGACAACAAUUAAACACAUCAGUACUGUAACUGCAGAAUCAGUCACUUGUAUUCAUUGUGCAUUCUACGAGGCUGUCAUGUUGCAGAAUUCCAUAGAACCACAGCGGCCAAGAGAAGUAACUGGUCAAUGCUUCCAGUAUUGUUCAGAGAUUUUUCUGUAUAUUCAUCCUUAUGACAGUACAGAUAUCUCUUCAAUACACUGCUUUUUUAAAAUUUAUAUAUUCCUGAUAAUGAUUAUUCUCAUGAGAAACCCGCAUACUGGCUGUUUGCUAUGACGUGUGUAUACUCAUUCCAUUCCCACCAAGAGCCUGUAGUGGUUCCUUUUUCUCCAUAGCCUCUCAAACAGUUGUUAUCCUUUAUUUUUAUUUCGUGUUUAUGGGGAUUUGUCUGCAUGUUUGUAUGUACAUCACAUGUAUGCAGUGCUUGAGGGAGGCCGGAAGAGGGUGUCAGAUCGCCCUGAACUGGAGUUAGAGACAGCUGUGAGCUGCCACGUGGGUGUAGAGGAUCUUCAAGAGCAGCCAGUGUUCAGAACUGCUGAACCAUCUCUCCAGUUCCUAUCUCAUAUAUGUGUGUGAUAUCAUAUAUGUGAUGUUAUGUACUAUACAUGCAUAUAUAUGCUUAUACACACACAUCUAUAAAGCUGUUUUAAUCUGG